AUGGAUAAAAGCUUUCGUGUGAAAGGGAAGCAAAAGAAGUUAGAGGAAAGAAGAUGUUGGAUAAACGAUUUACCAGAUCCGAUGCUCUCUCACAUACUCUCUUUCCUCUCCACCAAAAAUUCAGUUCGAAGCAGCGUUUUAUCGAAACGAUGGAGAAGAAUUUGGUUACAGGUUCCUGUUUUAAAAUUGAGUUCGACUCUUUUCCAUGGUGACUCUGACUUUGUGGAAUUUAUGGAUAGAUUUCUAAAAUCUGAUGAAAAGCUAGACUUCAAGAGAUUCAAGUUGUAUUGUUGUUUUAGGGAGUUUUUGUCGUCUUAUAGUGAUAGUUUGUUUCAGUCGUGGAUCGAUGAUGUGGUUGGUCGUGGAGUUCGUCAUCUAGAUGUUGAUGUUAUGUCUGAGCUUUCUAUGCCUCUGUCACUUUACUCAUGCAAGACAUUAGUCAGCUUAAGUCUCUACAAUGUAACAUUAGCGUAUCUCAAACCCGGAUCAGUUGUUUCUCUGCCCUGUCUCAAGACUAUGCAUAUAGAGUUUGUAAAGAUUGAUGGCUCAUUCAUCUUGCAUAUGCUCAUACCUAGCUGCCCGGUUCUUGUAAAGCUAACCAUAAUCACUAAUCCCACUGAGCUUUCUGAUCUUACAUGCGUACGCUCACAAUCCCUGAAACUCUUGACCUUUGGGAUUAUACUUUCGGAAGAUGGAGUUAUCAAUGAUCAUGCUGUUGAGAUCGAUGCUCCGAGGCUUGAGCAUAUGAGUCUCAGUGAUCACGUAUCUAAGAGCUUCACCAUACGCAGAAUUAGUCCAUCUGCUGUGGUGGACGUUGAUGUUAAUUUUGGUAUGGAGUGGCGUUAUUUAUUGGACCUAGAUGAUGAUGAUGAUGAUGCUGAUGAUUCUUCCGAGAGAGCUAUGGUCCGUAAUUUCCUCACAGGGGUAUCUGAAGUUAGUAGCAUGAAGAUCUCUUAUGCUACUCUAAAGGUCAUAAAUGAUUACUCGAAACUAGAAGAGUUACCAAAGUUUGGUAACUUGACUUGGUUACGUGCUUCGUUCCAUGAAUCAUCUUUGGAGUUGCUGCCAACAUUUCUUGGUUGCUGUCCGAGUCUACACUCACUUGUCCUGGAAUGUGACUCCUACAUAGAGAUUACGCCUAGUCAAGUCUCAUAUGUGCCACUAUGCUUUGUAUCAUCUCUCAAGUUUGUUAAAAUUCGUCUACCGGUUACAACAAGGACCGCAAGCCGGAUGACAUUAGCAACAUACUUUCUGAAGAAUUGUGCAGUCAUGACGGAACUGGUUUUAAAAGAGGGUUUUGGUAACAUCAUCAAGGAGAUAAGAAAAAUUCCAAGGAAGUCUAGAGGAUGUAAAAUUGUCAUGAAGUGA